AUGACUAUCCAAGGCUCCUGCGAUCCACUGUUCAGUCGUGUGCGCGACUUGGUUCAAGAAAGAUUGGACCAAGGCGAGGAACUCGGCGUAACACUCUGCGUGAACAUCGACGGCAAGAACGUCCUGGAUAUCUGGGGCGGUCAUGCAGACGCAGAAAAGUCUCGCCCAUGGGAGGAAGACACCAUCACGACCGUCUGGUCCUGCACCAAAGUGAUCACGGCUUUGGCGGCCCUCAAGCUUAUCGACCAAGGUCUCCUGGACCCCGAGGAGAGAGUGUCCAAGUACUGGCCCGAGUUUGGAGUCAAUGGCAAGGAAGAUAUCAGGGUGUGGCACAUGCUCACUCACUCUUCUGGUCUCCCAUCAUGGACGGAGCCAAUAACCAUGGAGCGCAUCUACGAUAUUCCAACUUCGACUGAAUUGCUCGGGCGUCAAGCUCCCUGGUUUUCUCCUGGGUCUGCGGUCGGAUACCAAAUGAUCAAUUUCGGACAUCUCAUCGGCGAGCUGGUCAAGCGUAUCAGUGGCAAAUCACUCAACCAGUUCAUUGCCGACGAGUUUGCGGGUCCGAUGAACGCAGACUUCGGGCUGGGUGUGCCGGAGGAGAAAAAGGCGAGAGCCGCGGACAUUGUGCCUCCUCCCCCCUUGAGUCUGCCCGAGGGUAUUGAUCUGCAGAGCAUCAUGGCCAGGGUGUUCAUGAACCCCCCUCCCGAUGCGGCCGCCUCUAUGUCUCCCGAGCAAAGGGCUGCUGAGAUCGGCGCCUUGAAUGGUUUCAGCAAUGCACGCGGCCUUGUUCGUAUUGCUUCUCUCGUGUCUCUCAAUGGAGUUGUUGAUGGAAAGCAAUAUCUUUCUCCGGAAACCGUCGCGAAGAUCUUCCAGGAAAGGAUUCGGGGCACCGACGUGGUCAUCGGCCUCUUUUUGCGAAUGGGCCUCGGUCUCGGAUUGCCCGUACCACAAACCCUCCCAUACAUCCCAGAAGGAAACAUUGCUUUUUGGUGUGGCUGGGGAGGCUCCAUGCUGAUCAUGGAUCUUGAUCGUCGGAUGACUAUCUGCUAUGCUAUGAACAAGAUGGCGCCAAGCCUUGCAGGCAACGAGAACAGCGCGAUUUACAUUAAGGCGAUCUACGAUAUUAUGGCAAACGAAGCAAAGGCUUGA